GACUAUUUCGAUGGCAUGCGCAAGGCUCUAAGUCGUUUGGCGCUCUCGCCCACCGAAGCUUUAGCAGUUUGACAUUUGCGGCAAGAUCUCGGCCGCAUCCUGGAGACCCGUCGCCCACUCCCACUCGCCCAUCAUGCAGGCGACAAGGCCCUUGCUGUACAAAGGCUUCAUCGGCCGCAGCGUCGAUGAGUUCAAGAGGCUUUCGCAUAUUGUCUUCAGCCUCGAAGGCAUCAAGGGCGCCCAGGGCCCCUACGAGCUCCACAGUUUCCGCAGCCCGGGAUCAGUCCACGACUGCAAGGUCAUGUCCGACGUAGAAAUUGGCGGCGUCUCGAAAGCGAACCUCGACUGGGUGCCCUCACCACCGCCUUCUUCCGGCAUGCAACCUCCUUCUCCCCACUCCCCCGGCUAUGCCAGGUUCCACGGUUCCAUAUCCACGGAGCUCCCGAAAGACCGCCCGGAGAUCAAGCGGACAGGAUACGCCGCCUUCCGGACCCGCGACAGGCCGCCCACCGUCUUUGGGCGCAGCCUCUGGAACAUCGACCCUUACGUAUACCUCGCGCUGCGCGUCAAGUCGGACGGCAGGAGCUACUUCGUCAACGUGCAGACCGACUCCGUCGUCCCGACCGACCUGCACCAGCACCGGCUGUUUGUCAAGAAACCCGGGGAGUGGGAGACGGUGCUGAUCAAGUGGAAUGACUUCGUGCGGACGAACCUCGGGCUCGUGGUCGAGCCGCAGACCGAGAUCCUGCGGCAAAAGGUCAAGUCCAUCGGCAUAGGGCUUACCGACAGAAUACCCGGCCCGUUCGAACUGUGCAUCGAGAGGAUGUGGGCCACGAACGACGAGAGUGAAGCGGACAGUGUGGUGGGCCUGUCAACAUCGUCAUCGGACAAGGCCACCGCGGCGAAAGAAGGGGAACUGAAGACGAAGCAAGGGCAGAAGAUUGCCUGGGGGAGUAAGUAAGCGGAGGGCUAUGCUGAAGCCGGUCUUGGCCUAGGCGCCUUAUGUGCCCGGGAGUCGGGAUGUCUACGCGAGAUCCGUGAAAUGACAUGGAACGCUUGAAGAAGGCAAUACUUCCGUGGGCGUCUCAGAGACAGAAGUGUUUGGAAAUCAUACGUUGUGGGGUUGAGGACACAUUCAGCGGUUGCACAGGUGGAACAGCAGUGGCCUACUGCCAAGUCACUGGCGUCUCUCGGUAUAUAGGGGAACCCCCUAUUGGGCAACCCGUCUAGUUGUAGUUGUACGGACACCGGCCCAAACACCGAGCGGCUGUUGUGGGGUUGCUCCCGGGUCGCAAUGUGCCAUGAGGGCAGUGAUAUGGUUGGAACGAGAAAGCAAGAGCCAACUCCU